GUACCUAAAAGUGGACCUAAUAUUACACAGAUUAAUGCAACCAGCUCCACUUCAAUCGCCGUUACAUGGGGAGUGGCACCUGCAGAGGAUACCAAUGGAAUUAUAACUCAUUACUUCGUAUGUUAUAAACCUCAAACAUCUUCAAAUGAUAUAUGUUCUGUCACGAAAAGACUUAAUGGUGUUAACAACAGAAGCACAGUAUUAAAUGGUUUGAAUGAAUUCACUAACUACGAAGUCGCUAUUCAAGCUGCUACUUCAAAGGGAAAUGGGACACAUGGAGCAAUAAAAAACGUAAAAACUCUCCAGGAUGGUAAGUUUCAAUAAGGUAUAUAGUCUACGAUUGAGCAAGGGCAUCAGGUUUGAAUAUCCAAUGAGUAUAAAGUUGUAAUCAAAUCAGGAAUGUGUGGGGGGGAGGGAUGUCACAUAAUUGUGUACAAAAACAUUUAGUUUUUACAAGUGUGAAGUCGAGCUGCACUCAUUAAGUCUCAGGUUCGUUCAAGCCACAGGUUUCAGCGCAAUAAAUCAUAGAAACAGAUUUUUUAAAGCCCUGCAAACCUAGUACAGAAACUUAUGGCAGUUAUAUAGUGCACACAUUUGUGUCUAUGAUUCCGUAUAUUCGUUUUGAUUUCUGUAUUCGCGAUAGCAUAGAACACCCGUAUUAUUUCAACGAAUUUGUUACAACAGUAUUGAUUGAAUGUUUUCAAGAACAUAUACUACAGUUUUAUUGCAACUGGACCUAUAUAUACUGCUAUAAUACAGUUUUAUUGUUACAUCCAAAAAGAAAUAGAAAACUUUUUUUCAGAUAAAUAUCCCAAAACCCAACAUAAAAUGCGGCCAUGUAUGUCCCAUUGAAGUAAUUGUUUUCGAAACUUUUCGUAUUAAAUUUCUUCUAUAAACGUGUUUUUUAUAGAAAUUUUGUGGUCCAAUUAUAAUUAAUCACCAAAUGAACUCUGGCGGUUUUUUAUACGCGCAUAUAUACGUGUUUUACAAACACAAGAACGGCAAAUAAAAAUUUUCAUUGCAUGCACUAUCAAUUUUAAUGCAUCUAUAUUCAUGCAGUGACAUAAUUGAUUUCUCCGCACUGAAAACAAAGGUUUUUUCCGCAACGCUCUCUUGCAAAUGUUUUCGAUGGAGUUUAUCACUUCCAUCGUACUAUUUUUUAUAAUAACCGCACCUAGUGUGGUCGUGCCAAAAUUAUGAAUUGGAUUAAAAACUGUGUGCUUAAUGGCGAAUCAAGUCCGUCUACUCGCACCAAUCCCAUCUUUACUCAUCAAAAAAGCAAGGAGAAAAUUCUGAGGCGGACUUCUGGCAAGUCUGUGUGAAAAUCUGUAUAAACAGCCCAAGUUCGCCUUUUUCAUUCAAAAAUCGAAUGGAGGUAUUCGGCCUUCAAUACAUUAACCUCCCAACUGACAGUAGAAUUUUCAUGGAUCUAAUGCUUCAUCAAACGCGAUUUUUGGGAAAAUUUGCCAAGUUUUUUCCCCUUCUUGAGAUCAAAUUGUAGCUCAGGAUUCAAUGUCAAAAUCAUAUAGGAAAGCCAUUUUUUCGGUGUCAUUUAGCCUGACGACUUAUUUUGAACUAUAGCUUCGCCACUGCUCAUUCUUGUUUACAAAUCCGACUUCCUGUCAUUUGUGCGAACAUUUACGCAAGCGUAUACGGUUAUCUUACAUUGAUUUUAUAUUCGUUGGGCAAAAGGUCACAAUUAUUUUUCUCUCUCUUUAAGUGCCUGAAAGUGGACCUAACAUUAUGCGAAUUAAUGCCACCAGCUCAUCUUCGAUCCAGGUUACCUGGGGAGUGGUACCUGCAGAGGAUACCAAUGGAAUUAUAACUCACUACUUUGUUUGUUAUAAACCUCAAACAUCUUCAAAUUAUAUAUGUUCUGUCACGAAAAGACUUAAUGGUGUUAACAACAGAAGCACAGUAUUAAAUGGUUUGAAUAAAUUCACUAACUACGAAGUCGCUAUUCAAGCUGCUACUUCAAAGGGAAAUGGGACACAUGGAGCAAUAAAAAACGUAACAACUCUCCAGGAUGGUAAGUUGCAAUAAGGUAUAUCCUACGAUUGAGCGAGGGCGUCAGGUUUGAAUAUCCAAUGAGUAUAAAGUUGUAAUCAAAUCAGGAAUGUGUGCGGGUGGGGAGGAUGUCACAUAAUUGUGUACGAAAACAUUUAUUUUUCACAAGUGAGAGGUCGAUCUGCAUUCAUUAAGUCCCAGGUUCGUUCAAGCCGCAGGUUUCGCCACAAUAAAUUAUAGAAAAAGAUUUUUUAAAGCCUUGCAAACCUAUUAGAGAAUUUUUAAAUUACAUUUUUUCAACUAUGUUGGAAGAAUCAUAGUAUAUGGCAGUUCUAUAGUGCACAAACUUGUAUCUAUGAUUCCGAAAUGUUUGUUUUGAUUUCUGUGUUCUGUAUACCCCAUACCUGUAUUUUUUCAACGAGUUUGUUACUGCGGUAUUUAUUGAAUAUUUUCAAGAACUUAGUACAGUCUUAUUGAGGCAGUUCUGUUAUUUCCAUGCAGGAAGAAAUGGAAAACUUUUUUUUCAGAUAAAUUUCCCAAAACUCAACAUAACCUGUGACCAUGUAGGUCUCAUUAAUGCAUAAUUGUUUCCGAAACUUUUCUUAUGAAAUCUCUUCUAUCAACGUGUAUUUUAUAGAAAUUAAUUUUGUAGUCCAAUUAGAAUUUAAUCACCAAAUAAACUUUGGCGGUAUAUUAUUCGUUUGGAAAAGUGUACUGUUUGAGAAUUCAUUCAAGUCAUUCAUGUUUGUUUUUUAAGAACCUGCCGAAGGACCGAACAUAAGUAGUAUUAUUUCGAGCGCAAACGAACUGGAAGUCACCUGGAAAAAGUUAAGUGUGGAUGAUUCAAAUGGAGUCAUAACCAAAUACGAAGUAUGUUAUGCACUUGGCUCUGCAGUUUCUAAUUGUAGUACGAGCAAAAUGUUGACCGGUGUUGACAAUACAAAAACAGAGAUAGUUGGAUUGACACCUGUAACGCUAUAUACAGUUGCUGUUCGAGCUUCUACUAAAGUUGGAUAUGGGCCGCUUGGAGAACGUAUGGUUGUCCAAACGAAUGAAAGUGGUGAGUUAUGUUAUGUAAUGUGUAUUAUUAUAUAGCAUGAAAGAGAAAACAUAAGUUUCGAUGGAAACAUUACAGUAUUGCCGCGUCGGUGACAAGCUGAGACGAAAUAUGUAUUUCAAACAUAUUUUCAUAUACACAGGCAUACAUCAGGGAUGUUGACAAUUAACAUACAAAUUUUUGUUUAUUAAAUUCCUUGGAUUUAUAUUGGCUGACAGUUAUGCUCUUAAUGCGUAUUAUGCAUGUUUCUUCCGAUUUAUUAAUGAAUCAUUUUGAUAAUUCUAUAUGAUAACGAAUCAUAUUAACAUUUGUGAUGUGAAUGGGGUGUUCACGGGAAGAUUAUUCCACUGAUAAGGCCCCUAGGGCUGCACUGAGAAUUUUGGGGGCCCUCGUCAAAUUUAAUGUCCAGGGCCCAAGUGAUUUUCUGUCGUCAACGAUUCUUGAAGUUAUGUGCUUUUUUAUAGAUUGGUUUCCAUAUUAAACUUUUAGGACAAUUGGGAAGCUUAUAUAGAAGGCCCCUAGCCCACUUCUUGUAGAUACUUUAUUUUGAGAUUUAAUUAUUUCCAUCGGUUUUGAAUGUCUAUAUAAUUUUCAAUGCGUAUUCUGUUCAGGAGCGUCUGCGGGUAUAUUCCCGCUCGGGAAAAUUUAGAAAUCUCUAGAGUAUCUAGAAUGAGAAUUCCUGCAGUCUGGGAGAAUAUUUAACUGUGGUUUUUAUGCAUACUUCACUCAGUUAUCCUUAUGCAUGCAGGACCCCCCAUUAGCUGGGGACGCAAAUAGCCUUUUUGCCCCUCCCCCGCUUCUAGGCGAUCCUGGUUAUUGGCGUGAGUAAAAAUUAGUUUCAAAAAUGCGUUGGACUGUGACUGAAGACUGCAAUAAUAAAGCAUGCAUGGUCAUGCAUGUCGACCUCUGUUGGCAAAGUAAGUUUGUAUUUUAUGUAUAUAUGCUGUCCACAAUUAGAUUUAGAAAUAUAUAUUGUUCUGUUGUAUAUAUUUAUGUCAACUGUAUAGUUAUUGUUGAUUGAAACUGUGUGAAAAGGAAGUAAGUAUAUACAGGGUGUAUCAUAAAAAGUAAGACAAUUUUGAAAUUGCUCUUAAUUCCACAAUUCCGUUCAUGAAAUGUAAUUUUUUAUAUGUAUCAAUUGCUUGAGUUCUUAAAUUAUGGAAAAUAUAAAAAAAAUUUAAAAUAGUAAAUUUUGCUAUCCAGGGGGGUGGUCAACUUUUGCUCUCCUAAAAGUGGCUUGCGCACGGAAGUGACAAACGGUAUUCUUUAUUUGAUUUCAUGUAUGAAAAGUUCGCUAUUUGUUACAUUUAUGAUAAAAUUUCGGCAGGAUUAUACCGAGUACAAAUCUCCGAAAAGCCUAUGAAAAUGUUACAUUUUUCUCUGUUGGUGCUGUUCUUGCUUCAUUAUGAAUUCAAUUUUACUCCCAUGAGAGUUCCGUGGAAUUUCCAUGGAAUUUGUGCUUUCGAGUUGUUUGUGCUGAAACGCAGCAGAGAGCUUUUAUGCAUGGUAUUUGUGCUUUCGAGCUGUUUGUGCCCCGCAGCAGAGAGCUUUUAUGCAUGGUAUCAGAGUUCCUCCGUAGCAACAACAUAAACUUGGUUCGCCAAAGUUUCACGAACGAAUAUCCAGAUGUACGAUGCCCUUCACGUAUUCGCUCGUGAAGGGAAUCGUACAUCUGGAUAUUCCUUAGCCCCUUGAAACUUUGCCCUACCCUUAUGAUUGCUGAGUUCAAAAUGUAUUAAAUAAUAUUUUCAGAUCAUUCAUAUACUGUAAUUCUUUUUGAAGAAUCUACAGUAUAGAAUGUAUACAAUUUUGUUAUAUAUACAGCUAAUUCAAAAAAGGUUGUCCUUUGCAAACCUUAAACUCUAAACCUUAAACCUUAAACUCUAAGCGCACAAAGCUAAAUGUGAGCACAAGUUUCAAGCUUAAUAGUUGAAUAUCACAUUUGUUGUGAAUGAAUUGUUCUCAUUAGGAGAUAUUUACCAUGUCUCCCAUAUGGACCCAAUCCAUGAUUUCUAAACUGAUUAAAAGAAGCUCCCAUUAAGCUUUGCACGCUUAGAGUUUAAGGGUUGCAACGAACAACCUUUUUUGGAAUUAGCUGUAUAUAUAUAUAUAUAUAUAUAUAUAUAUAAUAUAAUAUGCAGUAAGGGCAUUGACAGCAGCUUCGUAAUUUUUCUCGUCUCCUGUGUCAGGCAAUGUUUUGAAUAUCUCGUGAACUUCAUGUCCAUCUUGAUACAAUAAUAGUGCUCUUUUACGUGCAGUGUCCUUCACAUGUGUUAAAACGUUGAAUGCACUGUGUCCAUCGAGCGCUUGUAUUCGUUGGAUCAGGUUUCGGUUCGAACAAAGGCAUUGGCUGUAAGCCAUUCAUUGCCAUAAUUUAUCUUCGUUGCCAAUGUAGUAAUCAAACAACUGUUACAGUUAUAUAUUUUCCUUUACUUACUAAAUACAAACUCGAUGUUUCUCCUUCUCGCCCUAAUUACAUGUGUUCUUAUUUUCCCGCGCAUUAUAAUUUAUUCUAUAAAUUAUGUAUAACUGUCAAUCACUACACGCACUAGCGAAGUCUAAAGUUCAUCAAGUAUCGCGGGCGCAUUGUGUAUGGGUGGUCAUUCCACUGAUCUCAAAAUAUGGGUGUUUUCCAGGAGUGAAGAAGGGGAAAAUGUAAAAAAUACAUGCAAGAAAGUUUCGAAAAUCGUUUGACAUAACAAAUUGUAAAACAUUUUUUAAACGUAAACAUUAGACAGCUUAAGAUCUACGACAUCGACGCCAGCUAGGACGUCAGGGCUAAGCAGAGAACUGGGACUACAUUAGGACGACAUCCUAGUCCCAGUCCUCUGCAUAGCCCUGACGUCCUAGCUGACGUCGACGUCGUAGAUCUUAAGCUAUCUAAUGAUAAGAAUUGAUUUAGUAUGAGAAAUCCUCAAGUAUAGGGCAAGUUUGUUUCAAUUGUUUAUGUAUGACUUUUUAUUAUCAUAGACUUUGUUCUUGCUGUUUAAAUCUUUCCUAUGCAUUGUUGUUUCGACGAGUAUCCAAUCCAUUAUACCAGCCAGCAGUCUCGAAAACAAUAUGAUUCACUGUCCGGCUGACAAAACGUACGAACACAUACUUCAUAACGUAAAUUAAUCGAUUAAACGGGCAAUAAUUGAGGGGUCUUCACUUUUUAUGAGAAAAUUCAAACUAUUGAUAAAAAUUAGUGGGCUAAAUUUGUUUCCUACAUGCUCUAUACAGAGAAUGGACUAAACUUUCAUGUAACUCAAAGAGUGCUGUGUGUUUUGAAUUAUUUUUAUCGCCUACUAAACGUCUUUCGUUGACGUGAUUGUCAUGACUCAUGUAUAAUAUAUAAUGUUUCUCUUUGAUUUAAGUGCCUUCUAAAGGGCCUGUUAUCAAUGUUAUGGCUGAUAGCUCAACGUCGCUCAACGUUACCUGGGACGAAUUGAAUAAAUAUGAUGCAAAUGGUGUAAUAACACGAUAUCGUGUUUGCUACAAGAAUGCAUCCUCUUUUGAGGAUAUCUGCAAUUUACCAGUUCGGGAAACCAUGGGUAAUGUUCGUGUUAUAACGUUGUCUAACUUGGGGAAAUACACGGAAUAUAUAGUCGCAGUCCAAGCUGCCACUAAGAUUGGAUUCGGAAAGAUUGGAGCAAAAAUGACCACGCGAACAAAGGAAGAUAGUAAGUAUUGCAUGCUAUUCAGUUUCCUAGCUGCAUGUUUGAUAUAUGUUAUUUUAAUUAGUACAAUAUUUUAGUUUUAUAAUAGUUUGUUACAACAGGGUACUGAACAACGGGCUCAUUCUCACAAUGACGUUUCCUAAAUUU